UGCGUUUAAGAAAAGAAUCGAAACAAUUUCGAUAAAUUGACAGAAAUAACAUAAAUUGUCAGUUGAUAUUGAACCUCGUAGUGGAGGUCAUAAACGACGACGGUCAAUUGGUAUUUUAAUCAAGCUUUCAUUACUUAAUAGUGAUUGAGGUAAAAAAAAGAAGUGUUUACACAUACAUAUGCUUAUUGCAUUUAUAAACAAAUUGAAAAAGGAGAGUCGCAAUAAAAUGCCAGGCGAACGCAUGGAUGUGGAGGAGGAUAAAAGUAAUGAGGAUUGUGUGAUGCCAGUUCGAUCUGCUAAUCCGAUACGCGCAAAAAGUUUGAUACGCGACAAUUUGGAGAAACAAGCCAGUACAUUAAAUUCAUUACACUCCAGAAUGCCAAACAUUAAAGUGUUUUCGGGUACAUCGCAUCCGGAUCUGGCCCAAAGGAUUGUCGACCGUUUGGGUAUCGAUUUGGGCAAGGUGGUCACCAAGAAAUUUAGCAAUUUGGAAACAUGUGUUGAGAUUGGUGAAUCUGUGCGUGGUGAAGAUGUGUACAUCGUACAAUCUGGCUCCGGCGAGAUCAACGACAACUUGAUGGAACUGCUGAUUAUGAUCAAUGCCUGCAAGAUUGCUUCAGCGUCCCGAGUAACAGCUGUGAUUCCUUGUUUCCCAUAUGCCCGCCAAGAUAAGAAAGAUAAGCUGGCCGGCCUUGAUGAUGGAAGUGUAAAAACUCGUAGUAAGAACUACGACUGGAAAUUUAGGAGCCGUGCUCCCAUUUCGGCGAAAUUGGUCGCAAAUAUGCUAUCAGUGGCCGGAGCAGAUCACAUCAUAACUAUGGAUUUGCAUGCCUCUCAAAUACAGGGUUUCUUUGAUAUCCCGGUAGACAAUCUUUAUGCUGAGCCCGCUGUUCUGAAGUGGAUCAAGGAAAACAUUCCAGAAUGGAAAAAUUCCAUUAUUGUCUCUCCAGAUGCUGGUGGUGCUAAACGUGUGACGUCCAUUGCUGAUCGCUUGAAUGUUGAAUUCGCUUUGAUUCACAAAGAGCGUAAGAAGGCCAAUGAAGUGGCCUCUAUGGUGCUUGUGGGUGAUGUUAAAGAUAAAAUUGCCAUAUUGGUCGAUGACAUGGCCGAUACAUGUGGCACAAUUGUCCAUGCUGCUGAUCGUUUGGUGGAAGCAGGCGCUACCAAGGUUUAUGCCAUAUUGACACAUGGUAUCUUCUCAGGACCAGCGAUUUCACGCAUCAACAAUGCCUGUUUUGAGGCUGUGGUCGUCACAAAUACUAUACCUCAAGACGGACACAUGAGAGAUUGUCCCAAAAUACAGUGCAUUGAUGUUUCCAUGAUGUUUGCUGAAGCCGUCAGAAGAACACAUAACGGCGAAAGUGUUUCUUAUCUCUUCUCAAAUGUUCCAUAUUAAGAAAUACGCUAAUAUAUAUUUUUUUAAAUCUACAAAUUGUUUAAUUUUUAACAAUUUCAUAUUUUUUUAUUUUAAAAAUUUUAUAUAAAUUUAAACUUUAAUACUUUUGUUAUCUCCUCAUUAUCUCCUUUCGUAUGCUACGUUCAAAAACAACUUUUUUCUUUACAAAAAAAAAAAAAUAAAAAAAAAAUCUAUUAAACUUCGGGUUUAUUUGCCAUUAUCGUUAUACGAGUAUGUAAUUUUUUUUAUUAAAUGAAAAACAUAUAUUUUGUUUUACUAAAUAAAAUUUUUUUGGGUUUUUUUUUGUAAUUAUUAUUAAAUAAUUUAAAUAUAAAAGAAAUUUUUAAUUAUGACUUUUUUGCCAUACCAGGAAAAAAAUUAAACUAAUGCAUAUGUAUGUGUAUGUAUGUUUUAAAGUAAUUUAGUUGAACUAAAUGAAAUGAAAUGAGAAAAAAAAAACAAAACAAAAACACUUUAAAUCUCUUUUUUUUAAGUAAGGAAUUAAAUUUUUAGUUUUCUCACAUAAACAUAAACACCAUAACCACCUCUAACUAUACUAUAAAAACAAAAAUCAAAGAUCACCUUUUCAAGAAACCGCUUCUCUUAUUUGUUCAUAUAAAAUGUUGAAAUUUAUUUUUUUUUUUUUUCAAUUUUUAUUAUAUAUUAAAAUUUUGUCAAAUCAGAGCACUUCUAAGAAAAAGGUAAAAAAAAAUAGAAAUUGAUAUACACACCGCAUAUAAAGUUGAAAAAGAAAAACAAAAACAUGUAAUGCAAAUUUUGAAAAUAUUUUUUUAUAUGCAUAUACCUACUCCAAAAAUAAAGGACAAAAACUUUGCUAUACAUAUUAAAAUAAAUAUACAAGUGAAUACAUAAUACUAGCAUACAAUGUAGCAGCAACUGAAAUCACAAUCAGCUCUAAUCCUUCUCCUUCUACUUGAUUUCAAAUGAUCGAUCUUUUGCGACAUGAAAAAAAAAAACAAAAA